AUGGCCCUCUCCAGCUGCUGCACGACCGGCUUUCGGUGGGAUGGUAGCCCCAAAGGCCAUGAAGCAACCCUUGGCAGCAACAAGACCUAUGUAACCGGCACCAAUAAGGACGCUGCGGUUCUCAUCGUCCACGACAUUUUUGGCUGGUCCUUGACCAACGCCCGACUGUUGGCUGACCACUAUGCCGAGGAGGCAGACGUUACUGUCUAUUUACCUGAUUUCUUUGGCGGCGAAGUCGUCACUCCUGACCGGUUGAUGGGAACUGGUGAGCAUGCAAAGAGUGAGCCAUUUGAUGUGAUGGGAUUUUUGGGCCGACAUGGCAAGGACACGAGGCAACCGGAAAUCUUUGCCUGUGCCACCGCCCUGAAGAAGGACUUGGGUUAUAAAAAGGUCGGCGCCAUUGGCUUCUGCUAUGGCGGUUGGGCCGUCUUCCGACUAGCUGCUAAAGGAAACAACAUCAUCGAUUGCGUCUCCACGGCACACCCGUCGCUGCUUGAAAAGGCCGAGAUUGACGCCCUCAGUGUCCCGACCCAGAUCCUCGCGCCGGAGGAUGAUCCCCUCUACACGCCCGAACUCAAGGAGUACUCUCUGAAGGUGCUGCCUACGUUGGGCAUUGAAUGGGACUACCAAUACUUCCCUGGAUUAUCGCACGGCUUUGCGACACGCGGCGACACCAGCAACCCGGUUCAGAAAAAGGGUCUGGAACGAGCGAAGAACGCCGCCUCGGCGUGGUUCCGAGAAUACCUGCAUUGA